AGAUUCAAUUUAUGAUUGAUUCAGAGAGGUUGGCCUGUAGCAACGCAUUUCCAGUCUUGGAGGGGUUGGUUCUUCAAAAUUUGAAUUUAAUGGAGAAGAUAUGUCAUGAUCGGGACCUGCAAGGAGCAGCAUCUUUUAACAAAUUAAGGAUCAUAACCAUUGAAUGUUGUCAUCAGCUCAAGAAUUUGUUCUACUUGUCUGUAGUGAAACAGCUUCUCCAACUCCAAAAAAUUACCUUGAGAGACUGUGAGAUCAUUGAAGUGAUUGUUGCUGAAGAGGCACAAGUAACUGUCCACGAGAUUGAGGAAGCAGCUACAAAAAUUGAGCUUGGCCAAGUACAGUCCCUGAGAUUAGAGAAACUGCCUAAUUUUAUUUGUCUCUCCCAGGAAAAGAAUAGUAGCAUCAGAGAUCAAGAAAGGAGUCAGUUGACAACCUCUAGACGUAGGUCACUUUUCAAUGAAAAGGUUAUUUUCCGAAUGCUUGAGGAGUUGGAACUGACUGAUAUUAAGAUUGGCAAGAUAUGGAACACUUCAGCAACAACUGAGUGCGUUCAGAAGCUUGCCAAAUUGAGCAUUGUUUCCUGUUGUGAUUUAAAAUAUCUAUUCACAUCCUCUUUGGCUAAUGGUCUGGUGAAGCUUCUUCACCUUGAAGUAGAAGACUGCAAGAGUUUGAGAGAACUCAUCGCCACGGAGUCUGGUCCUGAAAUAGGUAAUUGUGAUGUUAAAUUCCCACCCUUGAAGCGAUUGAGUAUAAUAAACUGCCCAGAAUUGAGGGGAGUCAUGGUUAAAUCUAGGAGCACCAAUGAAGCAGAUGACGCACAGCCUUCUUCAAUGAACAACGUGGAAAGCUUGACUCUCUCCGAUUUGAAAAACUUACAAAUCAUAUGGCACAACCGACUAUCUCCAGAUUCCUUUUGCAAACUCAAAGAGUUGGAUGUUAGAUGUUGUGACAAUUUAAUGACAAUUUUUACAAAAGAUACGCUGGGAAGUUUCCUUAAGUCCAUAGAGAAGUUAGCAAUUUUGAAUUGUGCUUCAGUAGAAGAGUUGUUUAAGGUGGGAGAGAUAAACCUUAAAGAAUUAGUACAGACCCAGCUGAGAAAUUUGUCGAUUGAUGAUCUACCGAGUUUGAAGCAUGUGUGGGAUAAGGAUCCCGAAGGAAUUCUAACUUUUCAUAGUCUGGAAGCGGUGAUUGUUUCGAGAUGUUGGAGUAUCAAAAACGUGUUUCCAGCUUCAGUAGCUAGAAGCCUUAAACAACUCCAAAAGCUAAAACUAGAUAAUUGCGGAGUGGAGGAAAUCGUUGCAAUGGGACGUAAAGAAAUAGAUGCGGUGGUUAAGUUUGUGUUUCCUCAACUGUCUGAUCUCAAACUUAUGCGGUUGCGAAGACUAAGAUAUUUUUACCCAAGAAAACACACAACGCUUUGGUCAAAAUUAAAAAAGUUGGAUGUUUUUUACUGUAAUCGUGCUGAUGAAAUGGAGAUAAGAAAUGGGCAGGGUGGACCCGAUUUCCCCAUUGGGCAGCCAUUUCUCAACAUGGAAGAGGUAUGAGUCACGUUAUUACUUUUAGUUUUCAGAUUAAUAAUACUUAUUUUAAAAGAAAAAAGUAUUGUGCUU